AUGAUCCAGACCACGCAGUCCUUCGAAGCUCGUGGUCCAGAAAACCGCGUGAUUGAUGUCGUGUUGCGCGAUGCAUUGGAGAAGCUUCGGAACACGGCCCCGAAAAAACUCAAGGAGCUGCGGGAUGUUGUGGAAGCCGACUUGAAAACGUUGGAGAAUCUGCCCGCCUCGGGGGCGAAUGUUUCCGCGAAUGACUUCUUUCAGUCGUUCAAGCUCGGCUGUGAAGCUGCAGGUCUGCCGAAGUUGGUGGUCAUUGCUUUGGAGGCCAUCCAAAAGCAAAUCACCUACGGCUUCCUCACUGGCAGAGGUCCAGACCCAUUCAAGCCAGAGAACGGGCGGCGUCUCAUCGAUGCUGUGGUGGAUUCCGUCUGCAACUGUGCAGAGUCUGCUGAUGACACAGUGCAGAUGCACAUGAUCAGCACGCUGCUUGCUGCUGUAACCUCGCAGGUCUGCGAGGUCCACGGCCAGAGUCUGAUGUUGGCAGUGGAUACGUGCAUGAAGCUGUACCGGGACUCGAAAAGCCAGUCCAACCAGCGCAUGGCACAAACUGCCUUGACUCAGAUGCUUUCAGUCAUCACCCAGCGCUUGGAGCUGAGCUCUGCCGACAUGUCGAGCCGAGCGGAGGAGGUCCUGGGCUCGCGGUCUGGCGGCGCUUCCGGCGCUGCGAGCUCGGAGCAGCUGGCGGCGGUGGUAGCUGCGGCCCCACCGGCCUUCGCCAAUGCCAAUGCAGACCUGGCACAGAUGCCCAAAGGGCAGCUGCUGAACGAGUGGAUGUCAUCUUACCUGUCUGCAAAGAUUGACACCUUGGCAUGGAACCAUGAAAAAGAGAACGGCCAGAAGGGUGAGGACCCCCCUCCUGGCAAGUUCGGAUGGUGUGUUGUUUGCAGAAAUACUGCCAACCACUAUUGCGUCGACACGAGGGACUCGGUUUGCGGGCAUGCGUGCAAAUACCGCAACCUGGAGCGUCUGUCGCUGGUGGAGAAAUAUUAUGGUGCAAAGCGAGAGGAGGCCUCCUCUCCAGCAGCGUCUCCAUCGGUGUCCAGCAACGCUCCCGCUGUACCUUCGCAGUCCUCCAGGGACACCUUCGCGAACAGGGACGAAGCGUCUUCUGCAAUCGCAGAUGUUUCCAGUGCCAAGUCCAUGAAUGUUUACCAUCAGGACUCUGUCAUCAUUCUGACGUACCUGAUCAACAGCAGUGCCAAGGAGUCGGUGCAGAGCCAGGCCGACUCCAGAGCUAUCAGGAACAAGCGUAUUGCCCUGGAGCUCAUCUUGGGUGUCCUCUCAAAUGCAGGACCCGUUUUCAGGUCAUCCAAGCAUUUCGUUGACAUCCUCAAGAAGCUCGUAGGCGACUCCUUGAUCAAGAACAGUGUUUCACCGAUCCCCAAGAUCUUUGGGCUCUCUUUGCAAAUUUUCGUGUCACUGAUAACGAAUUUCAAGGAGCAUUUGAGGGACGAAAUCGGUGUGUUCAUCGAGCAGAUUUUCCUGAAGAUCCUCGAAAGCGGGAACUCUGACUUCCUUCACAAGAGCAGGGUGCUGCAAAUCUUCUACAAACUCUGUACAGAUGCGACCACGCCGCUCGAACUGUUCCUGAACUACGACUGCGAUGUAGACGAGAAGAACAUCUUUGAGCGGACAAUCGAUUGUUUGUCCAAGAUCGCUCAGGGGAAGUACACUGCUGUUGAACAUGCCAACCUCAUCCAGCCACAUCAGGAGCAGGAGCUGAAACAGUUGGCCUUGCAAUCUCUGGUCACCCUCAUGGGUUCCAUCGUCGACUGGGCUCGAAGAAUGGCCGAGGAUCAGAAGAUUCCCAUCCUUGGCCAGGGCAGCGAGGAUGCCAAGGCGAAAGAUGGACCCGAGAGCGACGGGGAGGACGAUGCGAGUGAUGUCGUUCCUUCUCUGACAACAAGUGCAUCUCAGUAUUCUCAGUCUUCUGGUGCCCAAACGAGCAGCUUCAAAGAGCAAAAGCAGAGAAAGCUCGACCUGCAAAUAGGCAUCAACAAGUUUAACAUGAAGCCAAAGCGUGGCAUCGAGUACUUGAAGAAGAAUGGCUUUUUGACCGAUGACCCGGCUUCACUGGCUGCGCUCUUCAAGAACACAGAGCUUGGCCUGGACAAGACGGCCAUCGGUGACUAUUUGGGCGAGGACAAGCCAUUCAACAAAAGCGCGCUCUUUGCGCUUGUAGACGGCUUGGACUUCAAGGCUCAGUCCCUGGACGGAUCAUUGAGACACUUCCUCUCGUACUUCCGACUCCCGGGAGAGGCCCAGAAAAUCGAUCGGAUGAUGGAGAAGUUCGCAGAGAAGUAUUGCAGCGACAACCCUGAGCGGUUUGCCAAUGCGGACUGUGCGUUCGUGCUGUCGUUCUCGUUGAUCAUGCUGCAGACCGACCUCCACAAUCCAGGCAUCAAGAACAAGAUGACCAAGGAUGAGUUUGUGAAGAACAACCGAGGCAUCAACGACCAUCAGGACCUCCCACGAGAAUAUCUUGAGGGACUCUAUGAUGGCGUUCUUCACAACCCGAUUUCAUUGCAAGAGGACCAAGAGGCCAGAAAUCGACAAGAGUCACAGGCAGCUAGAGACUCGAACCAGAAGUACGAGCUUUUCGUCAAAGAGACGGAAAGCAUGGUACAAAAGACGAAGGCAGCGAUGCAGAUGCGAAGGAAGAGCUCCGCCUACGUGGUCGCUCAAAGCGUUGAGCACGUGAAGCCCCUCUUCGAGGUGGCCUGCUGGCCAUACCUGGCGACGCUGGCGGUGCUGCUGGAGAUGGAGGUGCACUCGCUUGUACGGCAUUUGUUCGGCAAGCAAGCAUUCGUUCACCGUCCCUUCGCCUCCAUGAACGCGUUUUGGACCUGGCUUCUGGUGACGGGCGCCGGCUCUUCGGAAGUCUCUGUUAAUUUCUCUGAAGUGAUCCGGACUUCGCGUACUUUGACCACACUCCAGGUGGUCUCUAACCCCAUCUUGGACCGCACUUUCGUUGCGCCUAACGGCACGAGCUUCGCGAAUCCGAUUCACGAUGCUGCCUGGGCCUCCUUGAAGGCUUUGCAGGCCGACUUGGUGCGCUUCGUACCUUGGUUUCCUUAUCCCAAGAAGAGUGUGGCAGAGCUGGAUGCCCCCACUCAGAGCAAAACAUCCUGGGACUUCACGAACAUCAUGCCGCAGCUGGAGGACUUUAUGGAUGCGGUCUAUGGGCAGAAUCAUACUGUGGUUCUCAAUUUUGCAACGCAGCCCUGCUGGCUUUUCGGGGAUGCCAAGAAUCAAACGCAGAAUUGUUCGUACCCAUCAAACCCGGACGAGUCCUUCUUCGGGUAUGUGCGUGGCGACAGACGGAAUCUCCUGGAUCCGAGUGGCAAGACCAUGGCUGCAUACUUCGGACGACUUUUAUCAUAUCUUGUGAAAGGUGAGUUCGUAGACGAGAAUGGGAUCACGCACACGGGAGGGCCUGGCUACACUCGCUUCAACCGCCAAAACGGCCAUGUCUGGGAGUUGUUCAACGAGGGUGAGCAUGGUUACACCGCCUCUGAAUAUAUUCAUGACUAUGACGUGAUCGUGCCUGAGAUGAUCAAAGCCGUCGGUGGCUUGAACCAUGCCCCGGCCUUCAUGGGGAUCGGUGGAGUCUCCAAUCCCACGGAUUGGAUCCCGCCUUUCUUGAACCGUAGCAACCACAGCUCACCUGUACCUCCGAUUGACUACAUCUCAGUGCACCACUAUGCAGGAUGCGCUAAUCGUACAGAUCCUUCUACCUAUUCCUCAGGCUUCUUUGGUGAUUUCGCAGCAUGGAUGAAGACUUUCAAAGAGACCGUCUUGGCAAUGCGUGAUUCGUCGUCGUUCCCUGCUGUCAAGAUUGAUUUGGACGAGCUCGGAGUCAUCAUGCCGGGCGACAACGAUCCAUCCCGGGGCCUCGAUGCGGACCUUCCUGACAUCUACUGGAACGCCGCGGGGGCCGCCUACGCCUACGUCUUUGCAACCCUGGCUCCCCUGGGUGUGGAAGUGCUGGGUCAAUCACAGCUGGCAGGAAGCCCGAAGAUCCCGGAGUGGGGGAUUCCCCUCCCGCAGUAUCCCAGUGUCAGCUUGUUAGACUGGCGAACAGGUUUGGGCAAUGCUCGAUACUGGGUUCUGAAGCUCCUGAUCGAAGAGUUUGCACCCGGAGAUCUGCUGGUGUCGACGCAUUGCCAGUCCUCUGACGAUGCUCCGGGGCCGUUGAGUUGCAUGGGAGCCGUUGCGAAGGAUGGAUCCCACAAGCUUCUGAUCGUGAACCACUUGAAUGCUCUUCAGACGGUGAGGCUGAGCGGCUUCACAGCCGGCAGUCUGGCAUUGAGAGUUGUUGAUCCCAAGUCUGUACAGAGGGCAAGUUCCGACGGCAUCCGUAAUUCUACCACGGAUGCCAGUCAGCCAUUUAAUUUAGAUGCCUUCGCGGUGGUGGUUGCAUCUCGUGGCCCCUCUGUAUCGGCAGUCUUUGUGUAG